AUGGCAGAUGCAGAUGACGAGGACUACUUCGUACCCCUCGAGGAUCAGCGCGUCUUCGGCGCCGGCAUCAAGCGAAAGCGCAUCGCUUUCGUGCCUGCCACUGACGACGCCACAACCACCAGCGCUAUCCCAUCAACCACAAGCCCGCCAAAGACCACUGUAGCAGACCGCUAUCUAUCCAUCGUUUUGCAAGUCCCCACUGACCGCAAGCUGCCUGCUUCCAACGCGCCUUCAACCGUCACCCAAGACAACUCACCCACCUCGCACCUAGACCGGACUAGCCACGGCAUGCGGUACCUCACUUCGCACGGCUGGGAUCCGGACGCACGCGUCGGACUUGGCGCCAAUGCUCAAGGCAUACGGUACCCGAUCAAGGCGAAGCCGAAGCACGAUACUGUUGGGCUGCGCGAAAGGGUUGAUGCUGAUGAUGCGGCUGCAACUGUGAAGGUGCGGAAAGCUGAUCAGCAGAGGCCUAGAUCGCGAGAACGAGUGGUGAUGGUGGAUGCUAAGGAGGUGCGGAGACGGGAAGGGGAGGCGAAGAGACGGGCGGACAAGUUACGGACGCUUUUCUACAGCAAUGAUGAAGUGGAACGGUACCUUGGGGCGGAAGCCGGAUGA